AUGACUUCCCCACGAUUUCGUUUGCUUGCUGCUCGGCCUGUGAUGCUGAGUCUGGCCAAGCUUUUUUUCAUUGCCAUUGCGCAAAUUCCAUUCGCUGCGGCUGCGCCCGUCCUCUCGCCACUAUUUCUUUCCGCCGACGCAGAACCACCAAAAGAACCGAGCGAUCCAAACCUAUGGCUUUAUUUGGGUAUUUCAGCUGCUCUUGUCCUCAGUGGAGGUGCAUUUGCUGGACUUACCAUUGCUCUGAUGGGACAGGAUGAAGUCUACCUCCAAGUUAUCCAGACGUCAGGCGAAGGGCCCGAACGCAAAAACGCAGCCAGUGUUCUCAACCUCCUAAAGCACGGAAAACACUGGGUUCUUGUCACCCUCCUUCUCAGUAACGUCAUCACAAAUGAGACCUUACCCAUCGUCCUCGACCGCACACUUGGUGGCGGCUGGCCUGCAGUACUAGGAAGCACGGCCCUGAUCGUCAUAUUCGGCGAGGUCGUCCCACAAUCGAUAUGCGUUCGUUAUGGUCUUCCCAUCGGGGCCUGGAUGGCUCCAUGUGUCUUGGGUUUGAUGUACCUCAUGUCUCCGGUCGCUUGGCCAAUCGCAAAACUCCUCGACCGACUCCUCGGUGAAGAUCACGGCACCAUCUACAAAAAAGCCGGCUUGAAAACGCUCGUCACCCUCCACAAAACCUUGGGCGAAGCCGGAGAACAACUUAACUCCGAUGAAGUCACCAUCAUCAGCGCCGUGCUUGACCUCAAGGAGAAGUCAGUCGGCAGCAUCAUGACACCCAUGGAGGAUGUCUUCACCAUGUCCGCAGACACUGUUCUGGAUGAACGCACCAUGGACCUCAUUCUAUCCCAAGGCUACUCUCGCAUCCCUAUCCACGCACCCGAUAACGCAAUGAACUUCGUUGGCAUGCUCUUGGUCAAAAUGCUGAUCACAUACGACCCUGAGGAUUGCAAGCGAGUUCGCGAAUUUGCUCUCGCCACACUUCCCGAAACACGCCCAGAGACAAGUUGUCUCGACAUUGUCAAUUUCUUCCAAGAGGGCAAGUCACACAUGGUACUUGUCUCCGAAUACCCCAGCGAGGAUCGCGGCGCUCUCGGAGUUGUCACACUUGAAGACGUGAUUGAAGAAUUGAUCGGAGAAGAAAUCAUUGAUGAAUCUGAUGUGUUUAUCGAUGUUCACAAAGCCAUCAGGCGCAUGGCCCCUGCGCCGAAAUCCCGUGUUCCCAAAGGCAAAAUUGUCGAGGAACCCCCAUUGAAUGCCUCUGUCAUUUCCGACGGCAACUUGAUUGAUGCGGACGCUGUCCAACCUUCGUCUCUCCCCAAACCUUCCGACUUGAUCCGACGCCGCAGCUCCGUGGAAGCACCCCUCCCCCGCUUCCAACUCCGCAAGACGAAUGCCGAUAUCAGUUCCACUGCAACGGACGGGUGGGUCACACAGAUGGGCACGACUGAUGCAAUUCGAGAACACCUCAAGCAUCUUGGCCCCUCAAACCUGGCCAGUCGGCCCAGACAAACUCGCUAUCAUGCCGUCAAAAUCAAACGCAAUGGCACUUCUCCUUCUCGCUCCGCUCAAACCGAAAACGACUCUGCGCAGAGUAUCUCCGACUCUCAAAAACUUCUCCAAUCGUCCACAGCCUACCAAGGCGGCAUCGGCGCAGGCCUGCUCAGCUCAGCUGGUCCUGACGCUAAAGACGGUGCACAUGCCCUGAAAAUCGGCUAUGGAACGAUUUCUUCAUCCGACAAUGUGAGCAAAGGAACCAGCGCCCAACAAUUCAAGGAUCUCCCUCAUGUCUCCAUUCCCGAGGCUGUCCGCGAGGAACAUGAAGACCAAACGCGUUCUGGGUUGACGCGCGAGGCUAGUAGUGUUCUUCAAGGACCCGAUGACUACGAACCCCCCGAAUACCACGAAAACCAACCGCGUUCUGAGUUGACGCGAGAGGCUAGUAGGGUCACUGCGCAAGAAUACGAAGACCCGACGCGUUCUGGGUUGACGCCGAAGGCUAGUAGUACAGAAGGCAGCAUCAAAUCUUCCGACUCGCCGACAGGCUUCCCCUACCAUCACCGUGGACCGGCACGCAGUGGCAGCAUCACUGAACAGGUUGUGGAUGUGAACGGCAUUCGCAAAGUUGUUCUCCACGCCAACUGCUCCAGCUCCUCAGAAGGUGAAUCUCAUCAAUCCGGCCAUCACCACAGUCUCAAGCAUUCGUCCUCGGGCCAAAGUCACACAGACGGCACGGCCCUCGAGACCGACGAUGCAAAACCUCAAAGCCAGGAUGGCAUGUUGUCGAAGAUCAAAAAACGCCGCCGUCGCAAGAAGCACGGUAAGGCUUCCAAAUCUGCAGAUGGUCCCUCGGAGGAUCAACCAUUAUUGUAUUGA